AUGUCGGACGAUGCAGACCUCUUUGCCUUUGUCCAAGGGAUCAUGCUACCUCACUGUUUUAGCCACAAGAGCCAAGGCACGGACUUGCGCAUGACCAUUCACGGUAUCGACGUCGACUGGCCGCUGGCACCCGCGCACGCUGCCGCCUUGAUGGCGACGGAUCAGCUGCGCGUGCUUCCGCCGGCCGCUAUCACGUCCUGCGCCCAUCUUGACAACCAAGACGAGUGGCGUCACGUGCUCGCUCGACUGAAGCUGGAUGGUUUACACCCAUUCCACGUCGAGCUUGCGCAUGUGGCUAUCGACAGCGUCGGGUCGGCGUCAGCGCUUCGGGCCCCGCACGGCCCGCCACGCACGUUUGCGACGCUGCUGUAUAUGUGCCCGUCCGACUGCGUUGGCGGCGCCGUCACCAUCACAUUCGACGACCGAACAACGACGUACGACGCGCUCCUUGGAGAGUAUGUGGUCUACUUUAACACCUGCACUGUCUCUGUCGCACCCAUUGUCUCUGGAACCCGCGGGGUACUUGUCUACCACGUCACCUACCACGAGUUGACGUGCGAGACUGCCAUGGUGUGGGCGCCGCCGCCACUGCCGUCGCGCGCCCAGAUAGACCAAGCAAUUGCCAAUCAAGGCGACGAAGACUACUGCGCAAUGCAGGUCGUGCUGGAAACCCCCUGCGCUGCACCGCGGUUCGAGACACUUGACGGCCGCGACAAGGCGAUCGUCGACUGGCUUUUGCGCGCUGGCUGCUUUGAUAUAGCGUUUAUGCGUGUGGGCGAGUACCACACGUACGUCUGGAUGGACGGAUGUGAGACACCGACAUACCCGAUUACGCUCCUCAACGCGACGUUCCAUCCGCAAUGUGCAACGCCAGCGCUCGUGCAAGAGGCCUGUCGAUGGCGCUCCAUGUCCACGUACCUCUACGACGAUGUGACUGCUUUCCACGAGAUGGACCCGACCCUGGCCUGCCUCGUCUUUUGGCCCAAGGCCCACCGGUUGACGCUGCUGGGUCUGCCGCAGACGGUGCGUCUGCUGCGCUCCAUCGUGUUUGAUAAAACCGACCACGACAACCUCGGGUACAGCUCGCGACUUGCGCUCUUUGCGGCUGCGACGCGCCUCUUCAUCUCGGACACGCCGGGGCCGCGCCAAGACGAACGCACGGACGAGAUGCUUUUGGAGAUGGCGUGUCUCCUCUACGACUACGGCGACGCCGCGCUCUUGGGUGAAUUCCUGUCCGAGCGCGAGUGGGAUGGGCAGGACGACAUGGCGGCUGUGGUCGCGAUGGCCGUCGACCGGUUUGGCCGCGCGGCCAUGGAAGCGCCCUUGCGCAACCUCAGCGCGUUCACAUCUGCGCGGUUCCGCUACCAAGUCCUCGAGCAUCUGACGCAAGACAACGAUUGGCAGCACGCCUCGUGGCUCUACGACAUUGCGCAUGGCUGGUGGGCUGGUGCACGCAACUCGGUGGCCUACCCAUACAUGCCGCCAACGGAAGGCAAGCUCGUCGGCGCUCUCCAGCUCGAAGCGUGGCUGCACGCCCAUGCGAUUACACCGGACGUCCGCGCGCUCUUGGCACUGCGCCUUCCAUUGGAUGUCAUCACUGGCAUUCGCGCAGCACUCGUCAACGUGCCGCCGCUGCUACAAGUUCUGAGUCAUCAUCCAAAGGGCGUCCGUAUGCUUCCAUGUGCCUUGUGGGCAGUGCGGACGAUCGCGCUGCCACCAGCCCUGCACCGCGCCUAUGUCGACCUCGCGGUACGCUGCUGUUGCGAUGGUGACGCAAACAACGAUGCUGGGCUGGCAUAUCUGCUGCUGCUCACCUCCGGCUCGGACGCGUUCGAGGUCGUCGCAGCGGUGGCAGCCAGUCGGCGCUCGAGCGGCCAAUUCCAGCGCACGCUGCAAGCGAAUGCGACGUUCUCUGCAGAGCAGACGAUCGCUCUUCGCCCAUUCAUUUCUCGGUAG